AUGAAUCCACAAACCCGAACUCGCAAUUCGAAACGAAACUCUACAGCGUGUGAGCAUUGUCGGGUGGCCAAAGUCAGAUGCCAAGCCAGUGAGCAGCCUGGGGUGUGUGAAAGAUGUCUCGCCUUGAAAAGAGAGUGCAUUUCUCGUACUAGGCCACGGCCUCGCCGAUGGGAACGCACAUGGGGAACGGGAGACACUGGACCCUCGCCGCAGUCACCCGGCCAUCGUGGCACCUUUAGCAUAAACUACACCGUGCAAGUCCAGGCGCAUCUCAAUAAUAGCUUCGAUACUCUGCGGGAGAUGCAUGAUCAGGCUCUUGAUGCCGUACUCAGUGAGGAAGAUCAUAUCAAUAAGUCGCAAAGGGCAAGCCCAUCAGCCAACCUCCCAAGCCCCUCAAGUUCGUCAAAUCAAUCUCAUCCAAUUUCCGACAUCGGGCGUCAACCUUUAUUCGAUAUAGCAUCCGCAGAAUCUCUCCUGGAUACCUUCAAGUCCAUGGUUAACUACCUACCGUUCAUCGUCUUUCCCGACGACUCUCCUAUCUCCUAUUUUGCUACCACAAAACCUUUCACUCUUCUGUCUAUCUUGACCGUGGCUUCGGGAUCGAAGAUGGUGCAUAAACACGCAUUAUAUGAUGACGAGUUUCGAAAAGCUCUAGGUCUGAAGUAUGUGUCUGGUGGGGAGAAGAGUCUCGAGCUACUUCAGGGCCUAUUAAUCUACUGCGCAUGGUAUCCUUUUCACUUGCGGCCCAAAAACGGGCAGCUAGUUCGCUUUUUGCGAAUCGCCGCUGAUCUUAUUCACGACCUUCAUUUGGAUGAAGACUUCCUCGCGAUGCCCAAUCCGUUGAGUCGGGAAGUGACAGACGAUGAACUUGAGAAGAUCCGAACAUAUCUCGCCUAUAUGUAUCUUGUUUCUACGUAUAUUGUUGUAUGGAGAGGGGAGAGAGAUUUACCUACCAACUGCCCCCCUUGGGCUAGGAACGCCAUCGACAUUCUCCAACACAACGCCCAGGUCGACGGCGACAACACGCUGGUGGCCCUAGUCCGCCUGUCUAGUGUUUUUUUCGAUGCAUCCAAGGCUAUCAAUGAGAGAGAUGUGCUAACAGUGCAAAAUAGUCAACUGAUUUUAAUUGGUCUUGAACAACAAUAUCAGGAAUUGCAGCAUAGCAUCAACCACUUGAUUAUGGGAAUGGGAGUGACACGAAUGCAGGCGAUGUUUGUCGAUGUAUUCCUUGACUGCGGUAGCUUACUCGUCUUCCCCGUAGCGGAGAGUUACUUGUCUGCUAAAACAAGUUCCUUUCCUCCACCGUUAUCCAAGAUCUGCAGUGCUACGAAAAAGAUAAGAGCUUUGCUGGAUUAUGUGGGCGAACUAGAAGAUUCGACGCUCCUUUCGUUUACAAUAAACGACUGGACUCGGCUCAUUAUGGUUCUUACACUGUCGUUCCGCUUAUCUUUCCCGCUUUCGCUAUAUCCUGAUUUUGAUUCGGCGCGUGCCCGCUCCGAACUUCAACUGGAUCAAUUCCUAUCUAAAAUGUCGCAUGGUGCAGACGACACAGCUUCAAACGAUCUUCUGUCGGCUAGUCGCGCGUUGCUGGGCCUUGCUAAGUUGAAAUACGACCGUCGGUUGGGCUCACUUGGAGGACCACCAUCCGUCACCCCACGAAGCAGGGUUUUCGGGUGCCCUGUGAUGGACGGAAGCUUGAGAACAUCCGUGGGACAAUGGGACCAAAACUUCACGAAUUUAUCAGACGCUAGUGAGCCGAAGGCUCUUCCUCUAUUUCACGAUGUAUGGGCAACGAUGACUAUAGGAUGGGGAAACGCCAGUGACAUACCAUGGGAGUGGCCUCAGUUCUGA